AUGGACUGCUCAGCGAAGAGGGAGGUGGAAGAGGGCAUGGAAGAGGGAGUGCAUGAAUCGGAAUCGGAACCUAACUUAGCCGGAAUUUCCUCUGGUUUCAACAUAUCGGCUGUUUAUAAAGACGAGACAGAAGCAUAUGAAUGUUUUUGCACUUAUGCUCACGAUAAUGGCUUUAGUGUCCGAAAGAAUCAUCACAAUUUUUGUCCAAAUUCUAGAAAUAUAAAAUCGAAGGACUUUGUUUGUUCAAAAGCUAGUUUCAAGAAAAGUGAUGAUCAUAAUUCAGGAAAGAGAAAGAGACUCACUAGACCAGUUGUCAGAAUUGGUUGUCCAGCCAUGGUGAGGUCUGUCAUAGAUGAAGAUGGUUACUGGCAUGUCAAAAGAUUUAUUGAAUCCCACAACCAUGAAUUAGCUAGCCCAGCCGACCGACGCCUUUUAAGAUUAUGUAGGAAUGUUAUUGAGGAAAAAGCUUCCGUCCUAAAAUCGAUGAUAGAUGCAGGGAUUAGAACCGUUGAUGCAUAUGCCUACCUUGCAGAGGUAGUUGGUAGAUGUGAGAAUGUCGGAUUCUCUAAGAGGGAUGCCUACAAUUUUAUUCAGAAGGAGAAAAGAGCAAGGAUUGAAAUUGGUGACACUAAUUCUUUGAUUCAAUUAUUUAAAGAUCGAUAA